AUGUUACGCCUCCUAACGAGCUUCGCAGCCGCCGGCGUGGUGCUGCCCGCGGCAGAGGCUAUUCUUGUUGCGCCCAAUUCGCCAUGCUCGACCAACUGCGGCAAUGUUCUGGAUUCGACGGCGCCUGAUGACCUCGUAUGCACGCCGGGCCAGUACACCGGCGGCUACAACAACGGAGCGGGCACCGUGUUUCAAGGCUGUGUCCAAUGUGAGCUAUCGAGCGGAUAUGCAACCAAAAACAACUAUUCCGAUACCAUGGCGGCCUUGUAUAACCUCCGGUAUGCUGUAUCAUACUGCGUCUUCAACGAGCCGUCGCAUUAUGACUUUAACAACAACCCAUGUGUUACGAGCAAAGCUUGUGGUGUCUUUACCAACGCUAUUGCGUACCAUAACUUGUCAGUCGAGUAUGACGACUAUGGAUACUGCGAUACAUGGCCUACCGGCGAUUCUGUCGAUUUCCAUGGAUGUAUAGAAUGUCUUCAAGUGACUAACAAUUAUCUGGCAAACUUCGUUACUGUUCUUCAAGCUGGAUGUGAACAAAAGCCGACCAGUGGUCUGACCCUCGGGCUUCAGGGCAACAUCUUUUCGAGCGACAUUGUCAACAUCACUGAGCCUACACCAACGGCACACGUAGAUCCCGCCUGGUUUGACCAUGGCCCGCUGGGCUUGGGCGGAAAAGUUGGCGUUGCUGUGGCGGGAUUCAUUGUAUUACUGGUCCUCGCUGGUGUAUUCAUCGUCUGCAGAGGCAGGAGACGGAGAAAGGCCUUCCUCAGGAACUUGCAGACCAAUCUGCCACAGAUGAGGUCCAACCCAGGAGGCUGGCCAUCGAUGCCUGUUCAGCACGAGUCUACUGAAACCCCACUCAGCCAGCGGCCUCUGCGAAAUUGGGAUGACUCUCCUGUGACCAUCAACACGGAGAAGACCUUCCCCCGAUACUUUUCGCCUUAUUCCUCUCAAUUCAACAGUCCUAUCAGUGCGACUGACGUUAACCAUAUGCCGUGGCCGGAACCCGCCCUGGGCUCUCCUCGCUCCCCUCGAGAGAUCGGACUCGCACUUGGUUCGGCCAUCGACAUUAGCAAUGCAAACAAUGAGCGAUGGGCCACGUCGCCGGAUGACAAGGGCAAGAUGAAGGAAGAGUCAUACGAAAUGCAAUAUGUUGACAGUGCUGGGAGCGGAAUCGUUGCAAACAAACAGCCCAUUCACGUUGAAGCUCCCAUCCUGGGCCAUCCCGGCUACGGCAGAAACUCUGAUAGCCCGCCGAGACAGUACGAUGUGCACGGGAACGCGGUAUAA